CAGCAGAGCCACCCACCCACCCAGUCUUCCUGCCCGCGUGCCGUGCCGUGCGAGAGAGAGAAGAGCGAGGCGAGCUUCAGCAGCUGACGUUGUUGUUACUGCGUGGCGGGGAGGGGAACAGGAACGCCACCACAUAGAGUUUGGGGGUCGAUCCCAAACAUCUCAGCCGAAAAGUUCUCAAAACCCUUGCGCUUACCCCCCCCACCCCACCACCCCUACUCGGAUUAGGGUUUUUAUCUGUCGUGAUUUGUGCCGGUAUCCCUGCGUGGGACGAGAGCUCGAGAGAGAGAGGGGGGAGGGAGAGACGGAACGGGACUUAUCAGCCGCCGCUGCUGCUGCUGCGAGAGAGGGAAACCUUUUGUCUCGCAAGAAGGAAUGCGCGAUGAUGACUUCGCGUCUGCGCGCCACUCCGCCUGCCCUCUUGGCAGUGGUCGCCUUUGUCGACGUGGCGCUGGCGCAGUGCUACGACGUGUGCGACCAGGAGAAGUACUGCUGCAGCUCCGACGACACGGCCUACUGCUGCUCGUACCUCUCCUACGUGGGCAACGUGCUGACGGGGGCGGCGAUCGCCGGCAUCGUGCUGGGCCUCGUCUUCCUGCUGGGGAUCAUCGCGGCCGUGGCCGUGUGCAUCUGCUCCUGCCUCAAGUCGAGCCAGCGCAGGGUGGGCAUGGCGACGCCGUCGCGCUCCAACGCGCUCAGCACCGUCACCGUGGCGGCCGGCGAGGGUUAUAGCUUCCCCCCGCCACCGCCGUACAGUCCGUACAGUCCGGCAGUGGGAGCCGACCUGCCGCCCCCCUACGCGGCCCAAAGCACGGGCCCCGGGCCUGGCUACCCUCCUCCACCGUACCCGGGAAAGUAGCGGACGGGGGACGGAAGAGAAGCGAAACGGUCUCCUCUCUACCACGUUCAAGACCAAAGCGACGUGUUUUUUUAAAACUCUCUUUUUGUACUUAAUGUAAAA